AUGGCAAGAUUCCCAGCUUUCGCCCAUAACCACUGUUUCAUCACGCUGUUCUUCAUCUCCCUGAGCCCGCUGGGCUUUGCCCAGUACGAACACUGGCCCUACCUCCCCGGUUACCCUGAGCCACCCCCUCAAGUGUACCAGCCCCCGGCGAGACCGGCGAACGUCCCCAAGAUCCAGCUGCGGCUCGCGGGGCAGAAGAGGAAACACAACGAAGGGCGAGUGGAGGUGUUCUACAGCGGCGAGUGGGGCACAGUGUGCGACGACGACUUCUCCAUCCACGCCGCGCACGUGGUCUGCAGGGAGCUGGGCUACGUGGAGGCGGUGUCUUGGCUCCCCAGCUCCAAGUAUGGCAAAGGAGAAGGGAAAAUUUGGAUGGACAAUGUCCACUGUAAUGGCAAGGAGACCACCCUGGCAGCGUGCACUUCCAAUGGCUGGGGAGUCACGGACUGCAAACACACCGAAGACGUGGGAGUGGUCUGCAGUGAAAAGAGAAUCCCCGGCUUCAAGUUUGACACCUCAUUGCUUAACCAAAUAGAGAACAUGAACAUCCAGGUGGAGGACAUAAGGAUCCGCGCCAUCCUCGCCACCUACCGCAAGCGGGUGCCCGUCACGGAGGGUUACGUGGAGGUGAAGGAUGAAGGGACCUGGAAGCAGAUCUGCGACAAGCACUGGACCAUGAAGAAUUCCCGUGUCGUCUGCGGCAUGUUUGGAUUUCCAAGCGAGAGGAAAUACAACAUCAACGUCUACAAGAUGUUUGCCAGCAGAAGGAAGCAGCAUUACUGGGCUUACUCAAUGGACUGCAGCGGGAACGAGGCUCACAUCUCCAGCUGCAAACUGGGCAACCACCUCAACGUGGAUGCCGAGAAGAACGCGACGUGCGAGAACGGGAUGCCCGCCGUCGUCAGCUGCGUCCCGGGACGCGCCUUUGCCCCCAGCAGCCACAGUGGCUUCCGAAAAGCCUUCAGGCAGGAGCAACCCCUGGUGAGGCUCAAAGGGGGAGCCAACACGGGCGAAGGACGAGUCGAAGUGCUGAAAAAAGGCGAGUGGGGGACGGUUUGCGACGACAACUGGAACCUGGUGUCAGCCAGCGUGGUGUGCCGAGAGCUGGGCUUCGGGAGCGCCAAGGAAGCAAUAACGGGCGCGAGACUCGGGCAAGGCAUGGGUCCAAUUCAUCUAAACGAAAUCGACUGCACGGGCUUUGAAAAGUCAGUCACGGACUGCAAGUUCAACACGGAGUCGCAGGGCUGUAACCACGAAGAAGAUGCUGCCGUGAGGUGCAACGUUCCGGCGAUGGGUUUCCAGAAUCAGCUACGCCUGAGCGGCGGCCGCAACCCUUACGAGGGCCGGGUGGAGGUGCUGGCCGAGCGUAACGGCACCCUGAAGUGGGGCACGGUCUGCAGCGAGAACUGGAGCACCGUGGAGGCCAUGGUGGUGUGUCGGCAGCUGGGCCUGGGCUUCGCCAGCCAUGCCUUCCAGGAAACCUGGUACUGGCACGGAGAUGUCAGCGCCGACAACGUAGUCAUGAGCGGUGUCAAGUGUUCGGGGACGGAGAUGUCCCUGGCCCACUGUCGUCACGAUGGAGCCCACGUCUCUUGUCCCAGAGGAGGUGGUCGCUUCGGUGCUGGUGUGUCCUGCUCGGAGACUGCCCCCGACCUGGUGCUCAACGCCGAGCUGGUGGAGCAGACGGCUUACCUGGAGGACCGGCCGAUGUUCAUGCUGCAGUGCGCGCUCGAGGAGAACUGCCUGGCCAGCUCGGCCGUCAACACCUCCAUCACGUCUGGCUACCGGCGCCUGCUGCGCUUCUCUUCCCAGAUCCACAACAACGGGCAGUCCGACUUCCGCCCCAAGAACGGCCGCCACGCCUGGGUCUGGCACGACUGUCACCGGCAUUACCACAGCAUGGAGGUUUUUACCCACUACGAUCUAUUGAACCUCAACGGAACCAAGGUGGCUGAAGGGCACAAAGCCAGCUUCUGUCUGGAAGACACCGAAUGCGAAGCAGAUGUGCAAAAACAGUACGAAUGCGCUAAUUUUGGCGAACAAGGCAUCACGGUCGGCUGCUGGGACGUGUACCGCCACGACAUCGACUGCCAGUGGAUCGAUAUUACCAACGUCCCGCCAGGCGAUUACCUCUUCCAGGUUGUCAUCAACCCCAAUUAUGAAGUGGCUGAAUCGGAUUAUUCAAAUAACGUGAUGAAAUGCAGGAGCCGGUACGACGGGCAGCGCAUCUGGAUGUACAACUGCCACAUAGGUGGCUCCUUCAGCGAGGAGACGGAACAGAAGUUCGACCACUUCAGCGGACUCUCAAAUAACAAGGUGUCCAGCCGAUAGAACAGCGUCGCCUUCCCGCUCCACUAUUUAAAGAAGCGAGGUUUCCUGCUUCGGUGAUUUCCCUAACCACUG